CAUGUAUUAACCUUUUUAAAACUACUAUAAUUUUGAAUUUUUACACCAUUGCCACAUCCCAAUUAUUUCGUAACUCUCGUUCUUUUGUUGGCCCCAGAAACCCAAAAUUGUUGCUACUCCAAUACACUUUCCUCUCCCCAAAAUAAAAAAAAAAAUAAAAAAAAACGCUCAUCUCCAAAAAUGUCCGACUCAGAAGUCACAACCGUAACCUCAUCGGACUCAAACUCCGUUCCACCACCGCAACAAAACGGCGACCAAACCAAACCCCCCUCUGCCGGAUUCAGCAUAUGGCCACCCACUCAACGCACCCGCGACGCCGUCAUCACUCGCUUAAUCGAAACCCUAACCACUCCCUCCGUCCUUUCCAAACGCUACGGCACAUUGCCCUCCGACGAAGCUGUCUCCGCCGCUCGUCAGAUCGAGGAAGAUGCCUUCUCUGUAGCCGGUGACUCCGCUGUUCCUGACGGUGGUGACGGGAUUGAGAUCCUUCAGGUGUAUUCCAAGGAAAUCAGUAAGAAGAUGCUCGAAACCGUUAAGGCUAGACCUACCGUUGAUUCUAGCGCCGUUGAUAAGGAUUCUGCUGCUGUGGCACCUACCGUUGAUGAUCCUCCUUCUGCAGAGGAUGCUGCUGAAUCCGCGAAGAUCGAGACGGAGACUGAAACCUGAUCAUUGGGGAUUAUAGUAUGUUGUUGUGGGAUUUUAUAUUUUAAUAUCUUGUUUAGUAUGAUGAUCUAUCUGUAGAACUUUGAUGAUUUCUUGUGUUACCAAUCUUUAUCACAUAUUAUUAAAAUUGUGGGAUUGUUGGUUUGUUUUAAUUUGCGUCAUUUGUGUUAAAGUUUAUUUUCAUUAUGCUAUCAAAAUGUUUUGGAAAUUUUGAAAUUGGAAUGUAUUAUCAGUGUGCGAAUGUCUAUGUCUAGGUAUGGUGUUCAUGAUUCUUGUGGUUAA